AUGUCUGAAGAUAACAGGAAACGUUCUGGUUCCGUCGCCGGAUCCAUCCCAUCCAUGGAAACCUCAGGUGAUUCCUUGAAGGAUGAGACCGUCGUCGUCGUCCUGGGUGCAAGUGGUGAUUUGGCCAAGAAGAAGACUUUCCCCGCUCUCUUCGCCUUGUUCGCUCAAGGUUUACUCCCCAAGGACGUCCAUAUCGUCGGUUAUGCCAGAACGAAGAUGGAUGAACAAGAAUUCUACAAGAGAGAAACUCAAUACAUCAAAGGUGACGAAUCGAAGAUCGAAGAAUUCAAGAAGAUCUCAUCAUACAUCUCAGGUCAAUAUGAUGGAGAUGAGGGAUUCCAAGAAUUAUUGAAACAUCUUGAAAAAUUAGAAGGUGAUCGUAAAUCCAAAAACCGUGUUUUCUACAUGGCAUUACCUCCCUCGGUAUUCACAACAGUCGCCAAAGGGUUGAAAAAGAACGUCUACUCUGAAAGUGGUAUCAACAGGAUCAUAGUCGAGAAACCAUUCGGAAAAGAUUUGGAGUCAUGUAGAGAGAUGAUGUCAGAGUUGAAGGCUCAAUGGGCGGAGAACGAAACUUACAGAAUCGAUCAUUACUUGGGUAAAGAAAUGGUAAAGAACCUUUUGAUUUUGAGAUUCGGUAAUGUCUUCCUCGACGCUGCGUUCAACAAGAACUUUGUCAGUAACGUUCAAAUCACUUUCAAAGAACCGUUUGGAACAGAGGGAAGAGGUGGUUAUUUCGAUGAGUUUGGUAUUAUCAGAGAUGUCUGUCAGAACCACCUUCUCCAAACCCUUUCUAUCCUUGCUAUGGAAAGACCCAUCUCUUUCUCAGCUGAAGACAUCCGAGAUGAAAAGGUCAAAGUGCUCCGAUCUAUCCCUCCCAUCGUCCAAAAAGACGUUCUGCUCGGUCAAUACGUUGCUGAAGGAGACAAGCCUGGAUAUCUCGAUGAUGACACUGUCCCUAAAGGUUCCGUCUGUCCCACUUUCGCAGCUAUGACUCUUUGGGUAAACAACCCUAGAUGGGAAGGUGUACCUUUCAUUAUGAAGGCUGGUAAAGCAUUGAACGAAUCAAAGGUGGAAAUCCGAGUUCAAUUUAAAGAUGCUUUACAAGGUAUCUUCACCGAUAUCCCAAGAAACGAAUUAGUCAUGAGGAUUCAACCUUCCGAAGCCGUCUACCUGAAGAUGAACGCCAAGUUACCUGGAUUCGCUACCAGAGCCGUACCAACCGAAUUGGAUUUGACUUACAAGAAGAGAUUCGUCGACACGAACAUCCCUCAAGCUUACGAGGCUUUGAUCUUGGAUGCUUUCAAGGGUGAUCACUCCAACUUUGUUAGAGAUGAUGAAUUGGAUGUAGCUUGGAAGAUCUUCACUCCUAUCCUCCACUGGAUCGAUGGUAAGGACGCUCCUAAACCCGAGCCUUACCCAUACGGUUCAAGAGGUCCUAAGCAAAUCGACGAAUUCACCUCUAAAUACGGAUACAAGCGAUCUCCUCAAGAAUACUCUUGGCCUCAAACCUCUGCUAGCUUAUAA